AUGGGUUCAUCUGCAUCAACGCUUCAGAAUCAGGUAAAUCUAGGCUAUAAUAUUUACUUUUCUGUUUUUAGGCUUUAAAUUUGAGAACGAUUUUGCUUCUUUAGGCUCUAAACGUUUUUUUAUUAUCUUUUCUUCAAAGUUAAACUUAAGUAAAGUAUAAUUAAGAAGUUUUCUCAUUGUAGUUUUGAACAUUAAUAUUAGAAUAUUUUGUUUUAGGCUAGAGAACCUGCUGGAUUGGACAAAGAUGGAAUUAAAAGAGCCGUAGCAUCAACCUCAAGUUCAGGAUGUCCAAAUCAAGCGGGCGAAAAGAACUGUACGGCUUAUGUUAGCGAAUGCCCGUCUGCUGCUGGAGCCAAUGCUGCCAAUCCACAUCAAAUUGAUCCGCUCAAUGCUGUAAGUUAUUUUUAUUUGUGUUUUUUUUUUGUUUAGGAUGUCAAACAAGGGAUUUAAGGAGCUUUUUAGGCAUAAAGACACAUUUAUACCUUUGGCAUUUGGCUUUUUAAUUUAAGAAUAAAGUUGUUAAUCUUCUUGAUCUAAACCUUAGUUUUUCAAUUUUAAAAUAUUGUUUUGAGAUGCCCCCACCAAACCAGCGGCCAGCUCCAGAUCAGCCUUUUGCUUUGUCAACGGCACGUGAACGUUCAACGAUUCCAAAGGCUACUGAGCCAGGAAAGACAUGGGAAUACCCAUCACCUCAAAUGUUUUGGAAUGCCAUGCUGAGGAAAGGAUGGAGAUGGCAAGAAGAUCAACUGUCAGAGUCAGACAUGAACAAUAUUAUCAAGAUUCAUAACGCUAACAACGAAGAAGCUUGGAGAGAGGUUUUGAAAUGGGAAAAUUUGCUUCAUCCGUAAGGUUUUUGAAUUUUAAAGAAAAAUAAGAGUUUUAAAAAUUAAAUGAAAUUAAAAAAGGGAUUUUCGGUUUUUUUUUUUCUAUUUUUCGUUAAGAUAUAGAAGAAAAUAUACUUUUUUUUGAUAUUUAGGUAUCAAAUUUUUUUAAUUUCAGUGAAUGUGAUUGUCCAAAACUGAAGAGUUUCAAAGGAGAUGCCAAGAAUAUAUCGCCAAGAGCUCGUAUUCGCAGCUGGAUGGGAUAUCAACUACCUUUUGAUAGGCACGAUUGGAUUGUAGAUAGAUGUGGACAGAAAGAGGUAAAUUUUAUUUUUAGACUCACUAGUGUGUCAUACAACAUUUGUUAAAUCUGAAAACUGUCUUUUUUAGUUCAUGUUUAUAAAGCUAACAAAAUGGUGUUAAAAAUUUUAUUUUAGGUACAAUACGUGAUUGACUACUACGAUGGAGGAGCUGUUGACCCUAACUCAAAGAUCUUCACCGUAUUGGACGUAAGACCAGCGCUUAAUGAUUUCCAGAAUGUGUGGGAUCGUAUGGUAGUGGCGUACUGGAGAUUCAAGUACGAAACUCUAGGAUUUGCACCAAAACUACCGAUCCCACCUACAGAGGAAUCUUAA